CAAACGGUCGUCCUGUCCCGGGCUCAUCCUCCUCGCUCCGCAGUUCCCAGAAAGGCUACGGUCUCUGUGGCUGGGGCUCGGACGAAAGUCGAGUCCCAGGAGCCCCGAGAGCGGCAGUGCUGGGAGGCCCGGCCUGCUCGAACGCAGGCGUCCUCCGGCUAUCAAUGCUUGUUUGCUACUAAUGGGUAUAAGCAAGUUAGAUAUUAUAUAUCGGAGACUUCUCUUCACAAAACUUUUUAUCAGAGGAUGGGGAAGGCCAGAAGAUCUCAAAAGACUCUUUGAAUUCAGAAAGGUGAUUGGAAAUCGAGAAAGAUGCCAGAAUCUGGUUUCAAGGGAUUAUCCCGUAUACGUUGAUAAGAUUGAAGAGCAGUCAGACUGUAAGAUCCUAGAUGGACACUUUGUUUCCCCCAUGGCCCAUUAUGUGCCUGAUAUCAUGCCAAUUGAAUCUGUUAUUGCAAGGUAAGAAUUUUUGUCCAGAAAUAUUUUGUUUUAUGAGGCUAGAAGGUCCAGCUUAAAAAACGUGUCUGACCUUUUUGUGAUGGGAGGAGCUCUUGUCUUAGAAUCUGCAGCUCUCUUGCACUGGCUAGAGAGGGAGGGUUAUGGACCUCUAGGAAUGACUGGAAUAUCCAUGGGAGGACACAUGGCUUCCUUAGCAGUAUCCAACUGGCCUAAGCCCAUGCCAUUGAUUCCAUGUCUCUCUUGGUCCACCGCAUCUGGGGUCUUCACUACGGGUGUAUUGAGUAAAUCAAUUAAUUGGAGGGAGCUGGAAAAGCAAUAUUAUACCCAGACAGUUUAUGAAGAAGAAAUUAUUCACAUGCUUGAAUACUGUGGAGCAGAUUCUUUCAAAAUGGGACGAGAGUUCGUGAAACGCUUCCCUAGCAGUGCAGACAAGCUAACUAACCUUAAUCUGGUUUCUAGAACUUUAAAUUUAGAUGACCAAGUUGUGUCCCAAAAACCUGCUGGGUGCCAUAAUUCUAGUAAAACAUCUAUCAGUGCCACAUCAGAAAGACUUUUAUUACAAGAUGCCUCUAAGAAGGAGUGCUUCAAUCAAACACUUUCAACCAACAAAAGUAGUUAUACAAGUUGCAGCUCUCAGUCAUACCACCUACUCAGUAAAGAACAAAGAAGAAAUAAUCUUCAGAAAGAAUCUUUAAUAUUUAUGAAAGGAGUCAUGGAUGAAUGUACUCAUGUAGCAAAUUUCUCAGUUCCAGUUGACCCAAGCCUCAUUAUAGUGGUUCAAGCCAAAGAAGAUGCCUAUAUUCCACGAACAGGAGUUCGAAGUCUACAAGAAAUUUGGCCUGGUUGUGAAAUCCGAUAUCUAGAAGGGGGUCAUAUUAGCGCUUAUCUUUUUAAGCAAGGACUCUUCAGACAAGCCAUCUAUGAUGCAUUUGAACGCUUCCUCCACAAAUACGCUAACUAAUUGGAUCACUUCAUGUAACCAGUACAGCCAUCAUGUUUCUUACAAAAGGAAUUUUCAUCCUAUGUUAAUGUGAAGAACAAGCAGACCGCAUAUAUAUCUAAUUGCUAUCAAUUUAAUCUGGAAUUCAGUGUUACAGAUCCAUCAGCUAUAAACUCUGAAUACAUCUGAAUAAUUUUAAAAUAAUAUUUCAAUUGAAUAAUGUUAAAGUAUUUUUAUUAUUGUUUAUUGGAAUCCCAUAUACUCAAUAUCUAGUCUGUUGCUAUUUAUGAAAACUUUAAAUUUUUAAUUAUGAAUAAUUCAUUAAUUUUAAAUAAAUUUAUUCAUAAAAACCUUAUUGGUUUUUAAUAGAAUUGCUAAAUCAAACUAAGAUUGUAAUAUAUCAGCCUGUACUGUGUACCCUUAUCAUGACAUUUUGCUACUGAUUUGAGAAACAUGUUUCUUUCUUUUUUGAAUAUCUGGUGAAUUUAUAAUCCAGUUUUCAACUUUA